AUGGCGGGUUUUGGCGAAGACUUUGUACAUUCGUCGCGCAGAAACCGACAUCGUAGGAAUGACUACAGCUAUGCGGCUCCACGAGUUGCACGACCGAAUUCUGAGCUGGGGGAGCCAAUGAGGCAUUAUCAACCAAGUCGGCCAAAUAGGUAGGUAUAUUACAUGUUUUUUUUUUAAUUUUAGGUAAUAAAUUUAUGCCUAAAAUAAUGCCAUUUUAGUGCGUUUCGUUAUCCAUCAGGAAGAGGACAAGCUUUUGAAGAGACUCGAGAAACGUCGUCUUCAGAAGAAUUUGAACAUGCUGGAGGGAAUUAUACGAUGGAUAGGAGAUACAUUCCAGUAACGCGAGCUUCAGGAAGUCGCCGAGUACUUCCAGUCCAACAAGAGUUCCAAACUUUUACUGAUAUGGACAUUUAUUACUGUACUAAAGUUAAUUUAAAGCCGGUAAGUGUUUAUAACAUCUUAAAAUAUAUUUAUAAAAUUAUGUUAACUUGUGUUUAGUAAGUUAAGUGGGUAUUUUGUAUGUUUUUAAAAGGUUUUACAAUUUCUUAUAAUGUUAAAGAUAAUGAAUCUCUUUCAGGAUUUGAUUACGAGAUUUGUGGAAGAAUGUGAACCUCCAGAGGACUUUUGGGACAUGAGACCGGUCGAAAAAGCAGCAUAUCUAUAUUAUUACAACUGUUAUCGUCGUUAUAUUCCGGAUGUUCGAAAGUUUGUCAAAGUGUUUAACAAAGAAUUCUAUUCUUUAACUUGUCGUGACAUUAGUGAUGAAGAAGCUUUGGUUACGGUAAGUUUUUAGUUUUCCAUUUUUCUUGUUUUAGGUAUGAAAAAUUUCGAAAAUUUUUUAUUUGAAAGCAAAAAAUAAGAAAAUUAUUUAAAGAACUGUUGUUUUAGAUUUGUCAAAUGACCCUAAGAGAAUAUAAAGCUCAGCGUGAGAAGCAAGCUGCUAUUCGUCAACAAUUGGAAGAACGUUCCACCAUUGAAUCCCAGAACAGUGAACAUCCAUCGUUCUCGAACGUGGACAGUGAUGAGAUCAGCUCUGACGUGAACUCAAAAGAAGCCAAGAAGUUCAACUCUCACCAUCCAAUUCUGAAGUUUGGAGUCGGAGGCAGAAUCAUCAAAUUGAACCCUAAAGUCAUGACAAACUCUUUCGAACUCAAAACCGUCAAGAGUUUAAUCAGGGAUCAGUUUGAACUGAAGAAUGUGGAACUGCUUGAGCAAUUCCAAGGACCAUUGUCAGUCGCUAGUACUCAAUCUCAAAGUGUUUUGCUGUUCAUCAGAAGGCAGUUGACGAACAUUAUGGAUUCUGACAUCUAUAUUGGUAAUCCAUACUCUAGUGAUACUAAUGAUUGCAUCUUGGUCUGGAGAUUGUUGGAAAUGGUGGUCAAACAGCAGGGAGUAAGUUUUGAUAAUUUUGUUACCUAAAUUUUUAAAAGUUAAAUUUUUAAUGAGAGCCAUGUUUAAAAAAGAGUCAUGAUAUUAAUAAAAAUGGUUUUUUCAGCGAGUAACAGGGGCAGAUUUGGCCGAAUUAUUGUGCAAAGAUCAAAUAUUUCCUAAAAGAGCCCUCAGGGCUCAAAAAUCAGUCCAAAGCGACGAAGGUACUCUCUUGGGAAGUCAGGAAAGUCUAAGAAACGAAAGAAGUGUGCCAAGUGACGCUUUAGAAGACUUUACAAAUUACCUACUUGGAGGACAUGUUGAUGUAAGUAUUUGAAUGAAAUUUUUAAAAAAUUUUUGCAAGGCCUUUUAUUUCAAAAUUUUUAAACUGAAGAUGUAAAGGGUGUUAUGUACUAUAAGAAAGCUUGGUUUUAUGAUAUAUAUAAAGUACUCAUAUUUUCACAAAAUACAAUUUUUACCUUCAGGAAGCCAUAAAAUGUGCCGAGAACUCUGGACUUCUAUUCGACGCUUUUGUCCUAGCCUACCGUAUGUAUUCAGAAGGCAAUAAACAGAAGAUGGAGUCUAUUCUACAACGAUUGCUGGCUGCCAACCGCUCACCACAUCAUCCAGCUAUGACACUUUACAGUGUGGCUGCUAGUCAACCAGUGCCAUUGUUAAUGCACUCUGAUGCAGAUGAUGGUAAAGGAUGGAGAGCUCAUAUUGCCAUAGUUUUGGCCAAUCUGAAGACGGAUGCGGCCAUUGAUUCGAUUUAUCAAUUGGGAAAGACAUUGGCUGCCAAAGAGUUCAAUUCGGCUGCUGACUUUUGCUUCUUGGCCGCUAAUCUACUGGCUGAUAGGGAUUGCUUCUCACCUGUUACUGAGUAAGUUUUAGGUUUGAAAUUAAAAAAAGAAGUUUUUAGAAUAAAAACUUCAAAGACUUAAGUAAAAUUGAAAAAGUCAAUAUUUUUGAAUUUUCAGCACUGAACAAGUCUCACGCCAACAUAUUGACCUGAUCAAAGCCACCCUCCCCGACGAUCAUGUCUACUCCCAGUACACUAGGUAUGGCUGGUCGAUUCUUGACUUUUGUGCAACAGAAAUCUACGAAUAUGCCAUGAGACUGAAGUACAACAACCAACCAACACCAUUGACAAGAUCGACCACUUUCCAAAGGAGAAGACUUGAGUAUGCUCAAUUGUUGAACGAAUACGGUGGCGCUGCUCCAAAUGUGUCGUCCUACUGCACUUCGAUUGCACAGAAUGUCUGGGAGAAUAUGUACGGGCUGGACCAGGCUUUUGUGGCUGAUCUGUGUGGAUUGGCUGAUGCAUUGAGGUAGGAUUUUAGGUAUUAAGUUUGGAAAAUUUUUAAAUUUUUGAUAAAAUAAGAAAAAAAGUGAAAAUAUAAAAAAAAAUAUUUUCUUUGAAGUUAAUACCGAGUUAUUGAUGUUAACCAUGCCGCUUUCAGAGUAAUAGGCUGCCAAUCACAGGCCGAAACCGAAUGGAUUGAAACCAUGAAGAACUGUUAUGUACAGCAUUACCUUCAGAACCCACAAGUUCAACCUCCACCAGAGCAACCCUACCAUCAUGUCGCACAAGAAUCUCAAGCUCCAGAACUUCAGAAGACUGCUGAAGUUAUUGAGAAUCACGCAGAAGCUCAUGCACGACACGAGGUACAUCAUCAUGGUCAAACACAAGAGCUACAUCAACAUGGUGGAUAUCAACAAAUACAAGGUGCGUAUCAACAAACACAAGGUGGAUAUCAGAAUGAACAAAGACAAGAAGUACCACAGCAACGGCAGGCGUUACCUGAACAAAGUUAUGCACCUUCACAACAAGCUAGACGUCCAGAUUCUGUUUUGAGCCAAAUCAGCUCGAAUUCAGCCUUCUCUGUUCCAAAAAAGUACCAAACUGGAUCAACAGUCAGCACCAAUAACAGAACAAGCUCAUCGCAUCGUUCUGUGUCAGAAACCUCGGUUUCAAGUGAUGUUAGUGAAAGCACUACUACAAGGUAAUGAUGGUGCUUGUAUUUUAUGUAAAACAUGUUUAAAUAUAAAAUACGGUUGUGUUUUCAAAUUUAAUAAAUAGGUAAAGAGCAAAUUAAUUUAUAGUGAUCGUCAAAACGCGACUCCCGAAGCUCACGGUCCUCUGACCAGCUCUACUCCAGUCCCACCACCUCAUGUCUCAACUCAACCUCAAUAUCAUGAACAGAAUCAGCACAAAACAAGCAUUCAGAAUAUUUAUCAACAAGCUACACCAACACCAGUCACUCCAGUACCAGCUAGCCCAGCCCACAGUACACAAGGCUACGGUAACUACAAUCAACAGAAGUUUGAUUACAAUCAAAGUAACUAUGGGCAGCAGAAACAAAGCUAUGAUUAUAGUCAACAGCAAGGUUACAAUGCACAUGAAGGCUAUAAUCAGGCUAAUCAGGGGUACGGUAUUGAAAAUAAUCAAGGAUACGGUACCCAAGCAGCUCAAGGGCAUGGAAACCAAGCUACUGAUUACAGUGAUCAAGCGGUUAAUUAUGGCAGUCAGGCAGGUCAGUAUGGACAAUCUUAUGGCCAACAGUAUCAAGGAUAUGAUGGAUAUGGUCAACAAUCGCACCAAGGCCAGAAUCAGCGGAAGCAAAGCAUUCAAAGUCAACAAGCCGUUAAUACACAAGUACAAGGUCACAAUGCCCAGCAAAAUCAUAAUCAAAUGGCACAAACUCACAAUACUCAAUCAGUACCAAAUCAAAUAGCACCACAAUCGCAGCCAAUACAAGCUCAGAAGGUACAACAAGAAACUCAGAAUCAGUCAAAAGAUCAGAAGAAGGAUGAUAAGAAUGCCAAAUCAGGUGGACUCUUUGGAGGGUUAAAGUCAAAGCUGAUCAGUAUCAUACCAUCGACCAGUGAAAUGAAACUACCUGACGACAGUAAUCCCACAAUACGAUGGGACGAGAAACUAGGCAGAUAUGUUGGGGAUGGAGUUGAAGAAGAGGUCGCUCCACCGCCACCACCUUCGAUGGGCAUGGUCAACACCAUGGCCAAUACGAAUGCUGCUGGUAAUACUACAUCAACUACAACAACUCAACCUCAGACAGCCGCUGUUGCUCCAAUGACUGUACCAACAGUACCAGCAGCUCAAUCGGCCACAAAUCCCAUGUUUGGAGGAGUGCCACAACAUCCAGUAGCUGCGGUACCUGCUAGGAGCAGAUUGCAAAAAGGUAAUAUUGUGUUAGGUUUUGGGGUUUUUGUCUUGUUUAUGGUUGAUAGCAUUUUAAAUAUUGUUGUGUUUGAAGGUCUUGAAAAUUAGAGGCCUCAAAAUAGUUCUUGGUUUAUAUAUUGUCAUAGAUAAUAUUUGAUUCGUUUUGACAGUUUUUACAAGGCCUAACUUAUAUUUAUGCUACUUUUAGGCUCUCGAGGUAUGGCUAUAGCUCCAAAUGGCUUUGCCACAGCUCCUGCCACUGCUGCACCAAUGAACAUGGUUCCGAUGGUACCAACAGCUGCUCCAGCAAUGAGUGGCUUUGGAUUUAUUCCUCAAGCUAGUAAGUUUUAUAAUUUUAUAUUAAAUUUUGAAUUUUAUUUUAAUUUUUGAUUAAAGUUGUUUCGAAAAUUUUCUUACCUUUGAGUUUUUAGCUGAUGACGAUGAAUCAAGCCCAUUUGCUUCACCAUUCCAACAGACUGAUCCUUCAGCACAGCCUCAACAACAGUAA